GAGACACUACAUGAAAAUACUCCAUUUAGAUUGGCAUCUGUCUGAAAGGAGUAGGAUGUUAAUGUUUUGGAUAAAAUAAACACUCGGAAAGGACGCGGGGUGGCGCUGCAGCAUUAAAAGUAGAACGAAGAGAGAAAGCUGCCAGCCGGCACUCCUUAACCCAGAUGCUGUGCUAAAGAAACAAGCAGGAAGGGGAGGCUUUCUAAGGUGUUUCCAACGGGAAAUCGGGGUCCUAGGCGUCUCCACUUAUGACCGUACCCGCAAGAUACUAGAUGAUAGAGUCAGCCACGACGCGAGCUGAGACUGGGUCAAGUUUGCUGGGAGACCAGAAAGCGAUGGAGGCCGGAGAGGGAAAAGAACGCUUUCUGAGACAAAGGCAAGUCUUUAUAUUCUUUGUUUUGCUGGGCAUAGCUCAGGCUGCUUCUGAGCCUAGGCACUACUCAGUGGCUGAGGAAACGGAGAGUGGCUCUCUUGUGGCCAAUUUGUUAAAAGACCUGGGGCUGGAGGUAAAUGAGCUAGCUGCACGGGGGGCUCGAGUCAUUUCCAAAGGGAAAAAAACGCGUUUGCAUUUUGAUAGGCAGACCGGGGAUUUGUUGUUAAAUGAGAAAUUGGACCGGGAGGAACUGUGCGGCCUUACCGAGCCAUGCGUGCUACCUUUCCAGAUGUUACUGGAAAAUCCCUUGCAGUUUUUUCAGGCUGCGCUACGGAUUAGGGAUAUAAAUGAUCAUUCCCCGGUGUUCCUAGACAAAGAAAUAAUUUUGAAAAUUUCAGAAAGUGUCACUCCCGGAACUACUUUCCUGAUAGAACGUGCCCAGGAUUUAGAUGUAGGAAGCAACAGUCUCCAAAGUUACACAGUCAGCCCCAAUUCCCAUUUCCAUCUUAAAUUACAAGACAGUCCUAACGGCAUAUUACCACAGCUGGUAUUGGACAAAGCUCUGGAUCGCGAGGAACAGGCUGAGAUCAGAUUAACUCUCACAGCAUUGGAUGGCGGGACUCCACCCAGGACUGGCACUGCCUUGGUUCGCAUCGAAGUCUUAGACAUCAAUGAUAAUGCCCCCGAGUUUGCAAAGCAGUUUUAUAAGGUGCAGGUUCAGGAAAACAGCCCCAUUGGAUUUCCGGUUGUCAUAGUCUCUGCUAGCGAUUUGGACAUUGGAACGUAUGGAGAAAUAUCUUACGUAUUUUCCCAAGCCUCUGAAGAUAUCCGCAAAACUUUUCAAAUAAAUGCAAAGUCAGGAGAACUCUUUUUAACACAGAAACUGGAUUUCGAAUCCACUCAGACUUACACAUUAAAUGUUCAGGCUACAGACGGUGGAGGACUUUCUGGAAGUUGCGUGGUGUUUGUCCAAGUGAUGGAUUUGAAUGACAAUCCUCCGGAACUGACUAUGUCAACAUUCAUCGAUCACAUCCCAGAAAACUUGGAGGAGACCAUAAUUGCUGUAUUCAGGGUUUCAGAUCCUGACUCUGGAGACAAUGGAAGAAUGGUUUGCUCCAUUCCAGAUGAUCUCCCUUUCUUCCUUAAACCUUCUGUUGAGAAUUUUUACACCCUAGUGACAAACACAGCUCUGGACCGAGAGACAAGAGCCGAGUACAACAUCACCAUCACCGUCACCGACCUGGGGACC